UCAGAGCAGAGCUGACCCGUCACACUGCUCAGAGACAGAAACACACUGAACUUGUGGAGCUCUUUUGUUACUCUCUCUCUCUCUCUCUGUGUCAGUCUCAGUGGCUAAAACUUUUCGCUCGUGUUUCUCGACGCGUUCAAACUUUGGCAGGCAUCUUUCUCCCUCCCUCCCCUCUUCUACUACUACCUCCUUUUCACUGCGUGCGUAAUGAGCCAGAGAGCUUUAGGAAACUUGUGAUGGCCAUGAAGAAAUCUCACUUUAUUUCUGACACCUGUUGCCGAGGACACCGCGCACACAGGCGUACAAAACAAGGAGCUCGUACCGCUGGUCUCUGACUUUGUUUCUACGUUACUACAUGAAGAGUUUGGAGGUUUGUGGGCACUGACUGGUCCUUGGCCCACCGGAGGCUGAGUUUUUACCUCCAUGCACUCCCAUAAAUCGACUUUUUGGACUCAUAUCGGGGCUUUUCGUGUUGCUUGAUCAGUAAAGUUUAAUCGAGAAGUGGAGGAAGUUUGUACCUGUGUCAUACAGCGAGAUCUCUGGAACAAGCUGGUCUGCUAUCUGCCUGGAGGUUUCCCCCCCCCCCCCCUUUUCCAUAGAAACAACGACCGGUCUGCAGUUUCCCAGCCGGGAGGAGAGACUCAUUUUUGGGACUUGAGCGCGUCAGAUGGUGGGGAGGAGAAACUUUUCUUGAAGAGCUCAGCAACAGCUAGAUUCAAGCUCCAAACAGCAGAGCACUUACACCGUCGGCUGUGCGGCGGCGAGCAUGGACAUCAGGCCUUUCCGGAGAAGGAGAACCGGUGUGGUUCGACAUCUGCUGCUGGCAGCCGCCUUCCUUGCCUGCAGCUCCCAACUGCUGCUAGUGGAUGCCAACUCAUGGUGGUCACUAGCUCUGACCCCAAUCCAGCGGCCGGAGAUGUACAUCAUAGGAGCUCAGCCUCUCUGCAGCCAGCUGUCUGGUCUCUCUCAGGGCCAGAGGAAGCUGUGCCAGCUGUACCAGGACCACAUGGUCUACAUCGGAGACGGAGCCAAGACUGGCAUCAAGGAGUGCCAGUACCAGUUCAGACAGAGGAGGUGGAACUGCAGCACGGUGGACAACACGUCUGUGUUUGGACGGGUCAUGCAGAUUGGCUCCAGGGAAACCGCCUUCACGUACUCCAUCAGCGCCGCCGGGGUGGUCAACGCCAUCAGCAGGGCGUGCCGCGAAGGCGAGCUCUCCACCUGCGGCUGCAGCCGGUCCGCUCGACCCCGCGACCUGCCGCGGGAUUGGCUGUGGGGAGGCUGCGGUGACAACGUGCACUACGGCUACCGAUUCGCCCGAGAGUUCGUGGACGCCAGAGAGAGGGAGAAGAAUUACCCGCGAGGCUCUGCUGAGCACGCUCGCACUCUGAUGAACCUUCAGAACAACGAAGCAGGGAGACAGGCGGUGUACAACCUUGCAAAUGUGGCGUGUAAGUGUCAUGGUGUGUCAGGUUCCUGCAGUCUAAAGACCUGUUGGCUUCAGCUGGCUGACUUCAGACGUGUUGGAGAGUUCCUGAAGGAGAAGUAUGACAGUGCGGCGGCCAUGCGCAUAGGACGCAAGGGCAAGCUGGAGCAGUUGGACAAGCGCUUCAACACCCCGACCCCGGAGGACCUGGUGUACAUCGACACCAGCCCGGACUACUGCCUCCGCAACGAGACCACCGGCUCGCUGGGCACGCUGGGUCGCCUCUGCAAUAAAACUUCGGAGGGCAUGGACGGCUGCGAGCUGAUGUGCUGCGGCAGAGGAUACGACCAGUUCAAGACCUACAAGCACGAGCGCUGCCACUGCAAGUUCCACUGGUGCUGCUACGUCAAGUGCAAGCGCUGCACAACGCUGGUGGACCAGUUUGUGUGUAAAUAGCACGCUGACGGAUGAUGGACGGAUGUAAGAGGAUGAGAAAGACAGUUUGAUGGAUGAUGGAGGAAGGAGCAUUUUCAGGGGUUUGUUCAGGAUAAUUCAAGACACAUCAGCUUCAUUUUCAGGCAGGCUUUCUUUUCUCCUCCAUUGUUAUUCAAAUCUCCCGGCUUUUACUGAUGAGCGAGUCGAUGGAAAACAAUGAAGAGUGUCUAUUCGCCCGUGUGUUUUGGACACCUCUGGGUCCAGAUUCUCAUCACUUCCUUUAUUAUAGCCUGAUCAAAACCCUGAACGAUGGAUGGGAUGGGAAAAAAAGAAAGGACAAAAAGAUUGGACUUGGAAAAAAAGGAACAAAUGGAUCCUGAAAAAAGGACACAUGCAGUUAGUGUGAAAAAAAGAUAUGAGAGAUGAAAUAAAUAUAUAAAUAAAUAAUAAAUAAACACACAGUGCUGAUUGUAAUUUAAAGAGACUCGAACAAACUGAAAGGCUCAGUUUGGUCCCUUCAAAGUCAUGUGCUGGGGGGGAAUCCUCACAAAUCAUCACAGUCCUUUUUGGAGAUUGAAGCCAUUCGAGCUCCAAGCGCUGAACUUUUGACCGCUUGACCCUGCAAGAGGAAUCCUCGCAUGUGUCAUUUGUGCUGAUGCUGCUCAAACAUCGCGCAGAGACCACCAGAAAUGCAGACUGGAACAGACGGAUGAGCGCGAGCCGGGGGGGGGGUAACUGUAAAACAACCAAAAUGAGACUGAAAAAUGCCAAUUUCACAAAUUAUUGGAAAACUCAAGCAUGGGGAAAUUACAGCUGUGUAGAAAUGUAAAAAAAAAAAAAAAAAAAAAAAGUCCAGGAAAAAACACUUAAUCACUUAAUGUUGGUGUGGGAAUGGGCCAAUAACCUACAGAACACUCUCUCUCCAUUUGUCUCAGUGUAAUUGCUCCUGUGAUUUACAGCACCUGGGAGAUGACAAGUGCGUCUGUUCCGCUUAAUGAAGCUCGCCAUUUUCAGGCCAUCUUGACAUUGUGCCGGCCGUUCAAACAAGCAGAUCACAUCAGCGGUCCAACUCCACGACCUUCAUGUGACAGUGAAGUGAGCGAAGCCUCCAUUAGUGAGAUUAAUGUGCCGUAUCUGCCUUAAUGAAGCCGCUCUGCAAGACACUGAGAGUGGACCUGCUCUUCUCGCAUGUUACGCAACUUGUUAAGUCAACUCAAAGCCAGCAUCUCAACAUCUUAUUAAACUGUCUUACCAUGAAUUUAGCAACUUGUAUGCUCUUGGUUGAGGAAUAUCUCAAAGUGUAUAAUGUAGCGCGACAAACAUGAAGAGAACUGAACAUGCUGCGGUGAAGUCAAUAUGAGAGUGUGUGGGGGAAAAAAAGAACAGAAAGGACUGCAAUUAAUUUUGUGCUACUUUAAAAAAAGGAAAAGUAGAUCAAGAACAGAAGGUAUAUUUUAUUAUUGUUUUCAUUCUCCUGUUUUUCUAUGUUUUAUACAUGACUAUUAUUGUGUAUUCUUUGAUAAACUAGUCUACAACAACC